AUGACUAUCACUAGCAUUUUAGAGUUACCUAUAGAAAUAGUAGAGAAAAUUAUUGAUUUAGUUGAUGAUAAAAAUUCUUUGUUAGGAUUAGCAACAAUUACUCAUUUCAAAGAUAUAAUUUACGAAAGGUUAUUUCAAAAUUUAAAUAUUUUCCAUAACCGCAAUGAUAGUAUUCAUGGUAAAUUCAUCUCAUUUUACUGUAUAUCAAAAUUCCUUAAUUUCUUAGAUGAUUAUAAUAAUUAUGUUCCAAAUGAAAUUUUAACAAAUAUUGAUACAUUAUAUGAAUUGUUUGAGAUUAAACAUAUAAAUUUUAAAAAUACAAAAAUCAAUUUAAUUAUUCAUCCUCAUCAUACAAUUGAAGAUUUAGAAUUUUCAAUCAAAAAUUUUAAAAUAAAUUCAAUUAUAUUAAAACCUGAUUUUGAUUACCAUUUAAUUGGGAACUAUCAUAAGAAACUUAAAUUGGAAAAUGAAAAAUUUCGAAAUCUUACUCUUCCAAACACUUUGGAAAAGUUUGACAUGGCAUACAAUAACAUUUUUUUAAGGAACUUGCCACAUUCAUUACGUGAGUUAACUUUAACAGAAAUUGAUGAUUUAAAUUCAAUUAAAUUACCUUUAUCAUUGGAAUCAUUGUCUUUAUCAAAGUGUAAGAUGAGUGGAGUAAUGCUAGAUUUGAGUUAUCUUCAUCAAUUGAAGAGUUUUGAAUUAGAGGGCAGGAUUCGAAAUGAUAAUAAUUUUUCACCAGAAAAAUUGAGAUUACCAUCUUCAGUAGAAUCAAUCUGUUUGAACUUUUAUGAUUUUCGAAAUUUGAAUAAUUUAAGUGAUUACAAAGAUUUAAAAGUUCUUAAACUCAAGCGUUGUAGAGGAUCAAUUUUAUUAUUUAAUACAAUAUUACCUCCUCAUCUAGAACAUUUGCUGAUCGAUGAUAUCUUUGAAGAUUCAGUGAAUCCCGAUGAUAUUAUAUCACAUGGUGCAACAAUGAAUUUAAAUAAUGUUGCUAUGAAUUACCCUCUCGGAGACCACGUUGAUGAAGAAGACUUAUGGUAUGAUAUAAUUGGUGAAAAUAUUUUUCCUUCAACUUUAAAAAUUUUAAAAUUGACUGACAUUGGUGGUCUUACACUUGGCUUUCAAUUAAAUUUACCUAACUUGGAAGAACUUGUAAUCAGUAGUUUUAUUAAAGGCGAUUAUGAGAGUUUUAUAAAUGAGAACUUUAUCAAUUUGAGAAAAUUGACUAUGAUUUUUUGUUUUGCCAGAAUAGAGCUUGUUAAAUUCCCUAAAAAAUUAGAAUACUUAAAUCUUCAAGAUAAUGGUAGAACCUCAUUUGAACCAUUAAAUCUCAUAUAUUUAAACAGACUUAAGCAUUUAAUUAUUAGGGAUUUUCAAUUAACUAGUAUUACUGAACAAAUAUCUCCAAAUUUGAAAAUACUUGAUAUUUCAUCUGCUGGAGUGAGUAAAUUAUAUCAUCAAAAGAAUUUAGAGAAAUUGACUUUAACAACAUCAAGAAAACCAGAUGAUAUUUAUAUCAAUAAUUUAAAGAGUCUUGACUUAACAAUUAGAGUUGUUGAUCGUUUAGAAGAUAGAUCAUCCAAAUUUUUUGAUUACAAGUUUGAUUCAUGUUGCUAUUUAAAAGAAUUAAUAUUACGUCUUGAAAUUGGUAAUAUAUCAAACUUAACUUUUCCUGAUACAAUUGAAAGUCUUGAUAUUACUUGUAAUUUUAGAAUUACAACAUUUUAUGGUGGUCCUGAUAAUUUUGAAAUCUCUGAUACAAAAUUGAUCAAAAAUGACUUGCAGAAAGAUCUUUAUAAUAUAUCAAAGUGUUACAAAUUAAAAAGUUUUAAAUUAAAAAAUUGCAAUAUAGAAUUGUUUAGUUUUGAUAAUUUACCAAAAAAUUUAGAAAAUUUUUCAAUUAUUAAAUCUAAAUUAAAAUCAAUUUAUGGUACUUUGAAAAAUUUAGAAAAUUUAAAAUCACUUAAUUUGGAAUUAAAUAGAAUUGGUGACGAUGGACUUAAAAAUUGUUUAUUUUCAUCUCCAAAAUUAGAGAUAAUUGAUUUAAAUUGGAAUUCUAUUGAUAAUAUUGAUUGUAUUAAUAUUGAAGAUUGUCCAAGAUUAGUUGAAUUGAAUUUAAUGAAUCAACUGAUUAAAUUUCAUGUUACAGAUGAAUUUGAAGAAGAAUUAAAAUUAAGUUGUCCAAGAUUAAGCGUAAUUAGAGGUUAUAAAGAAACAAAUAAGAAACGUCAUAUUGUUAAUGGUAAUGUUUAUUAG